AUGGAUUAUAAUUAUGAUGUCAUUUUAGCCACAAUUUGUGCAUAUUUUCUACUAUUUUCUAUGUACGUGGUGCAUGGCACUAAAAGCACUAUAUCGACAUGCAACCAAACCCCAUAUCCCCAAGUGUGCCACCAUUUCCUCAACACUAAUCACCUCUCAACCCUAGACGAUAAAACCACCGUCUCCUUCCAUGACUUAGCUCUAAAAGCCACCAUGAAGCAAGCGGUCGAAGCCCACCGCCUCGUCUCCACCAUGGACUCAGACUCCUUCGGCGAGCGAGGCAAAUCGGCGUGGCAAGAUUGCCUUGAACUCUACAAGGACACGGUUGAUCUCCUCAACCGUUCCGUGAACUCCAACAACAAGAAUCCUUUGGACACUCACACAUGGUUAAGUGCAUCUCUUGCCAACCAACAUACUUGCCGAAACGGCUUCACCGAUUUCCAAAUCCCUUCCCACUACGACUCCUUCCCUUCCAUGCUGAGCAACUUCUCGAAGUUGCUCAGCAAUUCACUGGCCAUCAACAAGGCUACUAUUCCAUCGACCGCGACGUCGUUUAGUAAACAAGUUCGCAGUCGACGGCUGCUCUCCGAUGGCUUCCCCGAAUGGGUUUCCGCCGCAGACCGGAAGCUUCUACAAUCCGGUGGGGCGGCAGCAAAAGCGGAUAUCGUAGUGGCCCAAGACGGAUCGGGUGGUUUCAAGACUAUUUCGGAGGCCGUGGAGGCAGCAAAAAACCUAGGUGGAGGGAGUAAGAGGAUUGUUGUGUACGUGAAAGCGGGCGUUUACAAGGAAAAUGUCGAGAUCAAGAACGAUAUCAAGAACUUGAUGUUUGUUGGGGAUGGCAUAGACGCCACAAUCGUUACAGGGAAUAGGAACAACGUAGAUGGUUCAACAACUUUUCAAUCUGCCACUUUUGGGGUUUCCGGCGACGGCUUCAUCGCUCAGGACAUGACAUUCGAGAACACCGCGGGGCCGGCAAAACACCAGGCCGUGGCCCUCCGUUCCGGUUCCGACCACUCGGUCUUCCACCGCUGCAGCUUCAAGGGCUACCAGGACACCCUCUACGUCUACUCGCAGCGCCAGUUCUACCGCGACUGCAACGUCUACGGCACCGUCGACUUCAUCUGCGGCGACGCGGUCGCCAUCCUCCAGAACUGCAACAUCCUCGUCCGAAAGCCGAUGAGCGACCAGAGAAACACCGUCACGUCUCAGGCCAGGACCGACCCUAAUGAGAACACAGGUAUUAUUAUUCAUAAUUCACGUAUUACGGCGUCGUCUGACCUGAGGCCAGUGCAAGGCUCGUUUGAGACGUAUCUGGGGCGGCCAUGGCAGAAGUACUCGAGGACGGUGAUCAUGAAAAGUAGUCUUGAUGGACUUAUUGAUCCCAAGGGUUGGCUUCCCUGGAGUGGGAAUUUCGCUCUCAGCACGCUUUAUUAUGCCGAGUUUAUGAACUCCGGAGCCGGAGCUGCCACCGGAGGGAGGGUGAGCUGGCCGGGUUAUCAUGUUUUGACGAGCGCCGCAGAGGCCGGGAAAUUUACGGUCGGGAACUUCUUGGGCGGAGAUUCGUGGAUUCCGGCGACCGGAGUGCCUUUUGCCGCUGGUUUGUGA